UCUUAAUAUUAUACCAACGUUUUUGUUUACAACACUUGAUUUGAAAAAUAAAUAUUGUUUAAAAACAUUUAUUUUAAUAAUUUAUAAAGAUAAUAAAUUAAAACUAUAAAGUUACUGAUUUAGUGAAAAUUUGAUUUUUUAAUAAAAAAAAGUAACAGGUUUUGAACAAUAUGCAACAAAAUCAAACAAAUGUGACAAUUACUUCCUUUCAUCAAAAAUCUAAUUUACAAAAUAAUAUGGGAAUAGAAAAUAUUUGCAGUGGUAAUGUCAUGCAAAAAUGUACAUUAUGGGACAAUCAAAAUUAUAAUACGACAAAAAUUAAAUUAAUUUAUAAUUGUCUAAAAGAAGAGGCGAGAAAUAACAAAGAAACAUUAACAAACGAAGCGUGUGUAAAUUUGGAAAGAAUAAUUUUAAUUAAUGAAGCUAUUAAAUGUAAAAAUUUUCCCAACAAUUCACAAGAUAUUCAAGAGCCUAUUGCCUUUCUUGGAGUACUUGAUACAAUAAAACGUGAAUUAGAUGAGAAUACGAAAUUGGCGAUAAAAUGUUUCAUUGAAGCCAAAUUAAGAGAGAGAAUAUUUAAUUUCACAUCUAGGUACAGUGAAUUGGGAGGAAGGAUAAAAGAAAUAUCAAAAAAUAGAGAAAGUGUUAUUAGUAAAGUAUAUUCUCAAAAUAAUGAAUUGGUAUUGUUAAAUUGGACAAAAAAAAUUGACGAAAUUCAUUUGACUUAUAAGAAAAAUUUACAUAAUUUCUUUGAGCUUUUAACAACGUGGGGAGAAUGUAAAAUAACAUUAAGUGAUUCUCAAUUUAAGAGUACAGAAAUGACAUUAAUUCAAGCACAACUCGCCGAGACGCAAACAAUUAUUAGCAAAUUAUCAUGUCAUUUAAGAUUAUUUUUAGAAACACCAUCAACUAUUAAAAGUUUUCGUAUUUUAAAAUCAAAUCUUGAUGUUAAAUUAAAUGAAAUUGAUGAUGAAAUACAAAGAAAAUUAGCUUUGCAAAAAGAAUAUGAAGAUCUUAAAUGUACAGAAUAUGAUGAUAUUUUAAAAAAGUAUAUCGAUAUUUGUAAUGCGAUAAAGAAACGAAGUUCUUUUCUCGAUAGAUUAUAGAAAAAUUGGUCCACUUAAUCUUGUGAUCAGUUUCUGCUGUAUCAUAUAUUUACUAAUAUUUGUCUUCACAUUUCGUCUCUUUAUUUAAGUUGUAUAUUUAUCUAUAUAAGACAAGAAAUCCUUAGGGAUGGCAUAAUAUAUAAUGGAAAAUCAAUGAUUAAGCAUGCGCAUUUGAAAAUUUAUCAGCACAACGCAGAAGGAUCUAUUACAAGUAGACGUCAUACUUCUGAGAUGACUGAGAAGAUAUGUACCAUUCCUCUUCUUGAUCUUAAAUUAAAAGUGUGCUUUUUCGGUAGUGAAAUAAAUCAUUUAAUUAUUAAAAUGAAAAGAAAAAAAAAGAGAACGGACGUUCAGUCUACACGAACAAAAAAAUGUGAAAAAUAUUCAAAAAUUGAAGAAUAACUGAUUUUCUUGUAUAAUUUAUGAAUUAAUUUCAAAUGGAACGUUAAAUAGUAAUUUUAAAUAUUAAUAAUAAAAUUAUUUUCAAUUUUUGAUUUAUUAUUAUUAUUUUUAAGAUUUUAUAAAAUAUUUUCUGAGAAAAAUUUUUUUAUUAAAUUAUAUUUUUUCUUAAUUAUAAUUUAAAAAUUAUUCAUUAAAUCGAUAUCAUUUAAAUUUUUAUUUAUUAUUAUCAGUAUUUUCUUAUUUUGUGUUAAUAAAUAAUAUUAAACUUUUCUGUCAGCAAAAAAAUGGGUAAGUAGACUAUUUUUAAUUCGGAUUUCAUUAUGAUCGACAUUCAAAUUCUACGUAAAAAUUGAAAAACAAUUUUUAUAACUGAAAUUAUUGUAAUUAAUUACUAAUAAGAAAAGGAAAAUGCACUGUUUUUAUGUUUUAGGGCAGUGAUGUCGAUAGAAUUUUUCUUAUCGGAAAUUUUUAUCUUUUUGAGAAGAUGUAUUUUUUUUAGAUACUUUAGGAAUAAAAUGAUUUCCUUUGCAUUUCGUAAUGCCCUCGUUAAUAUUGACAUCACUGUUUUAGAUUAUUAAGGAAAUAGUAAUUAUUGAUCUAAUUAUUGACUAAUUACACAUUUUCAAUAAUUAAAGAUCUAUUCCUUCCGGCACUAAAUGCCAAUUAUGGAGCUAAAAUUAAAAUGGAUGAAGACAUUCUUCACCUUUAUUUUAUUGGCAUCGAGAUCUUUUUCAUUAAUUACAGCAACAAAUAAAGAAUUUCGUGACACGUGAGUAAUUUUUACAAUUUUAAGGUUCCAAGCAAGUCAUCAAGGUAUGAAAAUUUAAUUAAAAUAACUAA